CCGACGUACACACAUUAAGCAGGGAUCAGCCCAGGCUCAGCAUCCCCGAGGGGCUGCUCUGUGUGCUUCCUCCUCCUCCUGCCGCCCUGCUGCUGAGUCGCUCCUGGGUUUCUGUGCCUGCAGUACAGAGUGGAGGAAGGAGCCAUGAAUCUCGGGGAUGGUUUAAAGCUUGAAACUGAAAUACUGGAUGGAAAACCUAGACUGAUAGUGGCGCCUUGUGUGAGUAAAUCCAAACCAAGUGUAAAGCAGAUGUGUAAUAAAAACAAAACAUUUAAACAUACAUUGAGAACAAAACAGAAUGGGCAUAUUCUGAAAUCAUUGCACACUUCCUGUGAAAAGAGUGAAUGUUUUACGAAACAGAAAGUGGGAUCAAGACUGUCCCUGACAAAAGAUGGGAAAAAUAGUGAAACUUUGAUAUCUACUAAGGAUUCAUCCAAAGAACCUUGCAAUAAAGACAACACCUUUAUCAUUCAAAAAGACAACACAACUGCAAAGCCAGGUAACACCAGAAUUUCAAUUAAGAAACCUCCGGAAUCAAACAAGAAGCUCAAAAAACAUCCUGUUUCCAUCGAGGAGCUAAGGGACAAUUUGGUAUGUUUAACACAACAGCAGCUUGAACAGAUUUUGAUGGCUGUAAAAGAAGCAACUGCAGGAACCUCUCAGCUUCAGGAUGAAAAGAAGGAAAAAAGAAUAACAAGCAGUGCAGAUAGCAACAUUCCUGCUGAUCAGACCACAGAAGAAAACAUAAUGGGAUUACUCCAAAAGGCUGGUGAAGUUCCAUCUGUUCCAAGUGAACAUAGCUUCAUUUCAAACAAAAACCAAGGAAUAUCCAAGCAGGCUGAACAGAAAGCUAUCGCCAGGAAUUCGUGGAAACCAGCUGAUAUAUUUAGUGCUUUGGGAGAAAGAGAAAGGGACAAAACCUUAUUAGAUGCGAAGAAGUCUCAGUGGAAGAAGGAACUAGAUGAACAGAUAGCUUUCAAGAAGAAACUGAAAGAAACUUUGGAAACAGAGUCCAAAUAUCACCUGAGGCAGAAAAUGGAUACAGUAAGCUGUAGCUUCAACAAGGGGCAAAUGACUCAGAUGGCAUUUUCAGAUGACUUCAGUGCUGCAACGGAAGAUACCCACAUUUGUAGAACUUUGACCACUGAGGCUAGUGAAACUUCACCCAGUGUUUCAAGUGGCCAAACUGGACAGUUUUCUAGUUUCAGUUCUCCUGAUUUACCAGCUGCUAUUCGAACAGCAUUUGUGUUAGGGGAAGCGACACCAGUAGAGCAUCCUUUUAGUGCUGUAAAACGUGAGCAGCAGAGGAAGUGGCUUGAAGAACUUGAUAAACAAAAAGAAGCUGACAGACUACGAAAACUUGAAGAAAAGUGUAAUUUAUCCAAGGGUGAAGAGCAUGACAAGUGGACAAUGCAUUUUGAUUCUUUCAGGAAUCACGCUAAUUCAUUUUCACAAUACCCUUUAAAUACAACAUACAAAAAGCAGCCUGAAAUUUUUCAACUUUCACCUGAACCCCAGCACCAGACUGCUUUUACACCUACAUCUGCAUGUCAUCUCAUGCCUUCAGAAGUGGAGAUUUCAGGAAAGGCAAUUGGAAACAUUUCAGAGCCAAAUCAGAAAGCCAGUUUCCUUCGCUCAAUGACUGCCCUCCUGGACCCUGCUCAAAUUGAGGAGAGAGGAAGGAGACGGCAAAAAGAAUUAGAACAUCAGAAAGCCAUAAUGGCUCAAGUGGAGGAAAAGCGGAAGAAAAAACAACUUGAAGAGGAACAAAGAAAACAAGAAGAACAAGAAGAAGAGCGCCGACUUGCAAAAGAGCAGGAACUGAUGAAGAAGCAGUUUGAAGAUGAUCUGCUCAAACAAAAGCAAAAAGAGGAGAUAAUGACCGUUAAAACAAAUGAGCUAUACCAGACAAUGCAAAGAGCUCAAGAGCUGGCGCAGAGGUUAAAACAGGAACAGCGCAUGAAAGAUUUGGCUCAGAAGGGGCAUGAUAUUUCCAAACUGCAGAAGAAUAUUGGUGGUGGUGAUGUACCAUGUGAAAGUUACUGUACUGACCUGAAUGGCUUUUUUGAUACUCGUGAUAAUAAUGAUCACUGUUCUGGAGAGAACAGCAGUCUAAUGAAUCAGGAUGUCAAAACUAUUCUCUCUCCUCGGAAAGACACUGCUGUUCAGACAGAUAUUUUUAACGUUGACGUGCACCCCAAUUCUGAGAUUUGCACUAAGCAAACUGGGAAAGGAAGAGCAGACUGUGAAUCUCCAGGUAUUGCUGCAGAAUAUAAAGCAGACUUCAGAAGCAAAAAGUGCAAGAAAGAGACACAGUAUCUAGAUAAAAAGAAGAUUUCAGAAAAAGAGAAUAUUGUCAGCUACAGCAAUCUAUAUGAACAAUGUGCACAAAAACAGAAGCAAGGCAAGGCAAUUGAAAGGAAUUGGAAAAAACCAGACUGGAACAUAAACAAACCUUGCAAAAGGUAUAUCCCAGCAUCAGAAAAAUAUCCAAGAUGUAUGCAAAGGCAAAGGGAAGAAAAGAAAGCUAGACGACAAAUGGAACUGCUUCAGUUGGUUGAAAGAAAUAGUCCUGGAAAUCUCACUCAGAAGAAAGGCAUUUCUCCAGAUGAACCCCCCUCACUUCAGCAUGAAUGUGAUGUUAAGAAUAAGGAAGAACAACCACCAGAAAACCACUUAGGUGAACAAAGAUCUGACUCGCCACCCGUUCCAGCAGUUAAAAACAGAUUGCCGCAGCAAAUAAAGACUCCUGAUUUCGAAGCUCAUAAUAGCAAUGACGGAAGAGAGAAAAGUACCUAUACAGAUAAGCAUCAGAGUGAAACAGCACCUCAAAGUGCUGAAACUGAAAGGCCACCUUCUUCUCACUUUGUUCCUUACGUGCGAACAAAUGAAGUGUAUUACCUUGAUCCAGAUGCACCCAUGACCAGGCCUUCAACACAUGAUCCACAAUAUCAGCAGCCAAACGAUGCUUGCCAUACACCACGACAGAUUUUUAGCUCCGAUCACAUAAGGGAUCCACUUUUUAAUCCUAAUGUGGUGAGAGACAGACAGCAGGCCAUACUCAAAGGACUUUCAGAACUACGACAGGUACUGUAUUAUCUGGAUUGAUAAUUUAGUUUGAUUGGUAUUCCAUCUUUCAUAAAGGAACAAUUCUCUUUUCUGAUCCUAACUUCUUAGCAUCUGGUUGUCUUCACAUUCUAUUUAUAUCCUCUUGAGAGGGAAUUCUCAUUUAAUGGGACCUAUCUUAUGAAUUAAUGGGUAUAUAUUUCAUUUAGUUUUUAUUAUGUUUAUUUUAAACAGUACUACCAAUAUUUAUUAAUUGGAACCUAUCUAAAAUCUAAUUAAUGGGCAAUAAAAUAUAAUGUCAGGUGUGGAUCAGCUCUCAUGGGCAUGCACGUUAUUUUCUCAUUCUAUAGUAACUUUAUGCGGACACACAAGAGCCUGUCUACAUAUUGCACAGAAUUGGCUAUGCACCAUAUCUUUCCACAGGUGGAUAGAUGAUGAAAUAUUUUUGACAUUGAGGAGGGUUUAUAAAAAAAUAGCUUCCCCAGAAACUGCAAUUGAAAGUGGGUACAGUCCAGAUAUUUCCAGCACCUCAUUCUGUGUAAUAUGUAGAUUUGGCUUUGAGAACUUUCCAAAAUUCUUGUAUCCAAUUUAUUUUUCAGUUGAACAUUUGACAUGAUUAUGAAAUAUACUGUUUCAGACACCCUAAACUUUACUUUGAAGAAAACAUACCUUUGUUGCUUAAAUAGUAAAUGAACAGGGUAGAAAGAAAUUAUUAUUAUUAUUAUUAUUAUUAUUAUUAUUAUUAUUAUUAAAUGAAUGACAAUGAAAGUUACUUUGGUAUUAGUUUGCUUGCAGCAUCAGUAAAUUAGUGGAUGACUAAUAACUGGCAAUCUGCAUGUUGGCUGCUGUACGAGAGGGAAUGUAAAAUUAUGCUGUGUGUAUAAAUUGCUCUUUAAAAAAGAUUUAUAUAGGUACAUCUUUUCCAUCAACAUUUUGAUUAAUGCACAGCUGACAAUUGAGUUGAAUGUUUUCUUCCUCUCAGUCACAUUAUUCUAAAAUCACUUUACUUACUUGAUUUAGACCAGGGGUUGUCAACCUGGUCCCUACCAUCCACUAGUGGGGGUUUCAGAAUUCUAGGUGGGCGGUAGGGGGUUCUACGGCACAAGCUGAAUCCUUCCAUCCAGCACUGGUGGGCGGUAAGAAAAUUUUACCACCAAGAAGGAUGUAUUAGUGGGUGGUAGGUAUAAAAAUGUUGACUACCCCUGAUUUAGACCCUACCUUUCAGUCCAAGGUCCCGAAGUCAUUUAUGAGGAUUGUUUUGUCAAAGGUCCAUACAUUUGAAAGGACGUGAAAAGUUUUUAAUUUCCUUCUGAAUUCACCGUUUAGUAUUCUGAUGUGACUACUACACAGCCCUCCUCUGUAUAUUUUAGAUUUAUAUCCUGCCUUUUGACCAGAAUGCCCAAAGUAGCUUGUAACAUCCAUAAAAUGCAAUUGUUACAAAACAUUCUGAUUUAAAAUACCAUAAAACAAAUGGAAUGGGGGUGAACUCCUUAGAAAUACUGAAUCCAUUACAUCAAUGGAUUGGAUCCAGAGAUCCCCCAUCUUGAAAUGGGCAUGCAGGAACUUAGAUCCAGUGGAGGGGGCUUUUGGUGAUGCCCCCUUUCCUGAAAAUCUGCCCCAGUAGGUUGGGGGAUCCUCCGGGACAAUGUGGCAGAUGGCAUGAGGACUGCUGGGGGAAGGAGGAACCAAUGAAUAACACCUUCCACUUUUGCCUACCGGAGCAUUCAGUUAGUGGAGUUCCGCCAAGAACAUGCCUGGAUCCAACUUUAUGAUUCUGUAUUGCAUUUAUACUUUGAUACAGUAUAUGCAUCAUAGGCCGGAGCAAUUUGUCCAGUUCUGAUACAAUUCUGAAUCCCAUAUAGCAUAAUUACUAGAGGUGACCAUAAAAAGGUCAUUGGACACACUGUUGUAAUUUUAUUUAUUAUUUGGAUUUAUAUCCCACACCUCACCCCCAUGGUCAUAGGGAUGGUUACAUCAGUAGAGGUAAAAACAAAUUAAAAACAAUAUAUAAACAUUAAAUAUUGAGAACCAACACACACACACACAUAGUCUUUAAGACAAAGGAGUUGUGGAAGUUUUAGAGUUAAAAUCUCAGUUUGUUCAUUGAAUGAAAACAGUGGUUCCAUAAUUUUGCAUCAAUUUCCCGUCCAUCAAUAGAGAGUGGCUGCAUAUGCCUGUUUUGUUAGUGUUCUUGAGUAAUGAAAAGAAAUGUAUAUAGGAAGAAAUAUUAUCCAUCUUCUUUAACCAUCAUGAAUCUUGCUUCCAUGAGCCCCACUUCCUUAGUUUCAUGGUUUACAUACAACAGUAUUCAAGUUUCAGGAAAAAAUUCCUUUCUCUCCUGGUGGUGCAAAAAUUGCAGGGCACCUUUUCCUCAGUGGAGUCUUCAAUCAGGUUUUUUCUCUGACACUCAAAUAUUCCAACCUCAUGUGGCGGUUCUGAUUGCUCUAAUACAGGGGUUUCCACACUGGUCCACAGACCUGGGUGUCCCGGAACAGAGAUGCAAGCAGGGUUCCCCUAGGUGGGAGGAAGAUCACUCAAUACAUUACUGAAGCUACAAAAUUGCUUCCGUGCCCUCAUCUCAGACACAGAUUCUUGGCCAGAGGAGCAAGUACAGUAGUUGCAGACCUCAGAACACACCAAGGUGACAGUGGAAGGGACAGGGUACAGAAUGAUUCCUGCAGCUCCCCAGAGAAUCAAGAGACUGGUGGUGACAUGUGACUACUUAUGAAGGGGCACAGAGGCAGCAGUGUUCAGAGGAAUGACUGUUUCAGUUGUCUCUACACAAAUACAUAGAGUAUGAGAAACAAGCAAGAAGAACUUGAUCUCUGAAUACAGGAUGGCAAAUACGACCUAAUAGGCAUUACUGGCACUUGGUGGAAUGAAACUCAUGACUGGAACAUAGGAAUUGGGUGCAACCUGCAAAAAAAGGUGAUCAAACAGGAAGGGAGUGGUAGUAUUAUAUAUAUAUAAAGGAUGGGUACACUUGUGAAGAAAUCUGUGACGAAGUAUGGAAGGCAGAUUGAGAGUAUAUGGAUUGUAGGAGAGGGAAACAAUAGUAACCUUACUAUAAACCUCCAACCCACACUGAGGACCUGGAUGAUGCCUUCCUAGAGCAGAUUAACAAACAUUCAAAAAAGGAGAGAUUUAGUAGCCAUGGGAGACUACAACUACCCCAAUAUAUCUGACAAGAAUAUAAGGCCCAACAAAUUCCUCAGUUGUCUUGCUGUCAGUUUCAUUUCCCAGAAGGUGGAAGAAGCAACAAGGGGGUUCUUUUGGACCUAGUCCUCACCAACAGGGAGGAACCGAUUCAUUAUACACAAUCAAGGGAAAGCUGAGUGUGGUCAAACAUGCACUCUGGACUUCAAGAAUGCUGGUUUCAACAAGCUUAAGGAACUCGGUCCAGUAUACCUGAAGGAGCGUCUCCCCCAUUUUUCUGCCCGGACACUGAGGUCCAGCGCCGAGGGCCUUCUUGGUAGUGGCACCCGCCCUGUGGAACGCCCUCCCAUCAGAUGUCAAAGAAAUAAACAACUACCUGACAUUUAGAAGACAUCUGAAGGCAGCCCUGUUUAGGGAAGUUUUUUAUGUUUAAUAGAUAGUUGUAUUUUAAUAUCCUGUUGGAAGCCGCCCAAAGUGGCUGGGGAAACCCAGCCAGAUGGGUGGGGUAUAAAUAAAUUAUUAUUAUUAUUAUUAUUAUUAAUUACUACUACUACUGGAAGAAGUCCCAUGAUCAGAAAUGUUCAAAGAGAAGGGAGUCCAAGAUGGAUGGGAGCUUCCUAAAGGUGAAAUACUGAAGGCACAAAGGCAGACAAUUCCAACAAGAAAAGUGGGAGACAACUAAAGAAACUGGUGUGGCUGCUUGAGGAACUUGCAGAUGAGCUGGGAUGUAAGAAGUGAACUUAUAUGAAAUGGAAGAAAGGAGAAAUCAUGAAGGAAAAGUGUACAUGAGUAGCCAACAGUUGCAGGGUGAAAGCCAAAGCUCAGAAUGACCUCAGCUUGCGAGAGAGGUUAAAAAUAAUUUUUUAAGGUUUAUGCGGCUAUGUUUGAAGCAAGAGGAAGAACAAGCAAGUAGUAGAUUCUGUGCAGGGAGAAGACAGAGAAAUGCUAUUGGGUAACAGAGAGGAGGAGUAACUAACUGCUCAACACCUACUUUGCCUCUCUUCAUCCAAAAGGAAAGCAGUGCCCAACCUGGUGACAACAGAAUAAAUGAUACAAGGAGGGAGCUGCAGCCCAAUAUAGGAAAAGAGGUGGUAAGGGAACACCUAGAUACUUUAAAUGAAUUCACAUUUCCAGGGUCUGAGCUGCACCCAAGGAUACUAAAGGAGCUUGCAAUCUCAGUCUAUAAUCUUUGAGAAUUAUUGGAGAACAAGUAAGGUCUCUGUGGACUGGCAGUGGGAAAAGGUUGUCCCUAUCUUCAAAGGGGGGAGAAGACCCAGGUAACUGUUGACCAGUCAGAUUGACAUUGAUACCAGGAAAGGUCCUAGAACAGACCAUUAAAUAUUCGAUCUGUGAGCACUUAGGAAAGGAUGCUGUGAUACCAAGACCCAGCA